AUCAGAAAUACAGCUCAUUCUUACUCACUACUACAAGGCAACAAACCACCAAAAACAACAAUUCUAGUACUAUGCUCUUUGCUCCUCUCACUCUUUCCCUUCUUCCUGCUUCCUUCAAAUCCCCCAAUCUUCCCUUCUUUUUCAUUCUAAUCCCUAAAAAAAAUCCCCAACAUCAUUUUAGAUCACAAAGAAAUUAAUUCAGGUAAAUAACAAUGAUGAAAAUUUCAGAUUUUAAUUCAAUAUUCUUUUUCUUUCUCUUACUUCAUUCCCUUUCUUCACUUCCAAGAGCAAAAUCAACACAACCCAUGAACUGUUCUGAUGCAGGAAGACUCUGCACAUCAUUCUUAGCUUUAAAACCCACCUCAAAUAUGACUUUACCCUUGAUCCAAAGCAUGUUUGAUGUCUUACCCAAGGAUAUAAAUGUAGAAAACACCAAUAAAGAUUUCAUCUUUGUGAGAAAAAACUGUUCUUGUGACCCUAGAUUGAGAAAUUAUUUAACAACAACCACUUUUACUGUUAGAAAUGGAAGUGGGUUUGUGUAUGAUUUGGUGAGGGAUUCCUAUCAAGGUUUGGCCUUUUUGCCUGUUUCUAAUAACAGUAGAACAGCAAGGAUUGGAGAAGUGGUUUCUGUGAGGCUGUUUUGUGGGUGUUCAAGUGGAUUAUGGAAUUAUUUGAUGAGUUAUGUGAUGAGAGAUGAAGAUACUAUUGCUUCUUUGGCUAGUAGAUUUGGGGUUAGUAUGGAUAGUAUUGAACAAGUUAAUGGGAUUGCUGAUCCUGAAAAUAUUACUGUUGGGGGACUAUACUAUAUACCCUUGAAUUCAGUUCCUGGUGAUCCAUAUCCGGUAGAAGUAAGUAUUCCUCCAGCUCCAGAGCCUGCUCCUUCAAUUAACAAUAUCACUGAAAUCAGCACAAAUCACAAGAGGCACGUGCCUUAUGGAUGGAUAGUAGGUGGCCUGGCGGUCGGAAUAGCUGUAGUUGUCGUACUUGCACUCUUAUUAUUCAUUGUGCUGAGACAAUCGUUGUGCUCCGGGGAUGGGCAAGAAGGCAAUGCCAAAGAUCAUAGUGGAAGAAAUGCACAUAAGUUUCAGAUUCUGCGAAACACUAGUUUUUGUUGUGCUUCUGGAAGGUUCUGCAGUAGCUCUGAUGAGUGGAAGCAAAGUGCUGUUGAAGAGAACAACCAACAUCAUCCAGCAAACGUCCCUAAAGCCAUUGGUAAUGAUGCUUUUGAAGUGGAGAAACCGGCCAUAUUCACCUAUGAAGAUAUCCUUGCUGCAACAGAAGGGUUCUCAGAGUCAAAUCUUCUUGGUCACGGAACUUAUGGUUCAGUGUAUUAUGGUCAGCUCCGAGACCAGGAAGUAGCCAUCAAAAGAAUGACCGCAACAAAAAGUAAAGAAUUCAUGGCUGAGAUGAAAAUCCUGAGUAAAGUUCAUCAUACAAAUUUGGUGGAGCUGCUCGGCUACACAGCCACUGAUGAUGAACUCUUUGUCAUUUACGAAUAUGCUCAAAAAGGCUCAUUGAAGAACCAUUUACAUGAUUCCCAUAACAAAGGACAUACAUCUCUUUCAUGGAUCAUGAGGGUUCAGAUCGCUCUUGAUGCUGCAAGAGGGUUGGAAUACAUUCAUGAACACACAAAAGCUCAUUAUGUUCAUCGAGAUAUUAAAUCAAGCAAUAUCUUGCUUGAUGGAUCCUUUAGGGCAAAGAUUUCAGACUUUGGCUUGUCAAAACUUGUUGGUACAACAGGCGAUGGAGAAGCUUCGGCAACGCGAGUUGUUGGAACAUACGGUUAUUUAGCUCCCGAGUACUUGAGUAAUGGUCUUGCUACAACCAAAAGCGAUGUAUAUGCUUUUGGUGUGGUUCUUUUCGAAUUAAUAUCUGGAAAGGAGGCUGUUAUAAGAACCGAAGGCAUGCCAAAAGGUCCAGAGCGGCGUUCACUUGUUUCCAUUAUGUUGGCCGUACUGAGGCAUGUGCCUGAUUCAACGAGUAUGCCAAAUUUUAGGGACUACAUUGAUCCAAAUCUGAUGGAUUUGUAUCCACAUGACUGUGUAUAUAAGGUGGCCAUGUUAGCAAAACAAUGUGUGGAUGACGAUCCCAUCUUACGACCAGACAUGAAGCAAGCCGUGAUAUCUCUUUCACAGAUCCUUCUUUCUUCUGUUGAAUGGGAAGCAACUCUUGCCGGGAACAGCCAGGUAUUCAGCGGGCUUGUCCAAGGUCGAUAGAAGAAAGGGACUAACGUGUUCAUCACUGCAUUCCAUAUCCUAAGAUAUCAAAAACAGUUUUUAUAUUCUGCUGGUUCUUGCUUCUUAAUUUUGGUUGUAUUCAUGUGUACAGUUUCAAAGAGUUAUUAUAGCGAUAGCCCGUCGUCGCCUCUUUUUAUUCAUUUAAUUCUAGUAUCGUCCCAAAGAUGUUAAUAUCUUCAAUUCAUUAGACACCAGAUGUAAUAGAAACUUCGAUCCGGACGAUUCGGAUGGAACUGAGCAAGGUUUCAGUUGGGUAUGUUUUAGUUGUAUAUACAAAAAUGUUGCUCUGGGCAUUGUAUGACAUGUAUCCAACUAAGCCUAUGUUUGUAUCAAGAAGAACCUAUGCACUAAUCACUAUAUGUUAUGCUUAUUGAGGGUUUUUGUAAGCGUAAUAUAGCAAAUUUAAAGAGGAAGAUGAUGUAUCUAGCAGUGUAUAUGUGGAUUUGGUAGGUUGAAUGUUAUUAUGUUAGUUUUUUUUAGAGUGAAUACAUCUUUUUUUACGUAUCUCUAACCUUUAUCUUCAUGUCUCAAAUGAGGCAUCAACGCUUGCUCUAGUACAACCUAACUGAUCCCGAAUGUACACUUAGGGAUGUUUGGCAUAUAAGGCCCAGCUAGUCACUUGAGAGACUGUUUUUUUUUAAAACGUAUCUUAAGUCUAGCCCAUUAAAGAUUAAUACCUAUUUAUCGUAUUUUUAAUGCUUACUUACAUUAUCCUUAAUGCUUACUUAUCGUAUCUUUAAUGUUUAUUUUUAAUAUUUUAAAUGUCUACUUAUAUCAUUUUUAAUGUUUACUUACAAUAUAUUAAAAAAUAUAUAAUGAGUUAGGC